AUGGAGUGGAAGCUGGAGCGCAUCGCCCCGCGCAGGGUCCGCACGGAAGAAGCCAUGCUGUGGGAGAAUGUCAUGAAGGUGUUCUCCAAAGACCUGAAGCAGCAGAGAAGCCAGGGUUUCCCCAGGUUUGGCAGUGGAGUGGAACCUUAUGACCACACAUGUACACCAGGUGAAGGGAGGAUUGAGCGCACGGCCCGCUCCAUGACAGGUUGUCCCAAAGGUCUCGGUCAUGCCCUGUUCAGUGCCCGUGACAACGUAACUGCAGGUUCCCAUGGUGCCGCCAAUGAGCACGGGCUGUCCAGUGAGUUGGUAAUCGACAGCGAUGAGCGGGUGGGAUUUGACCCAGUCACCACUACAUAUUCUAACUUUAAGAGCAACUUUAUGAAGCGGCUGUGGGCGCAGGUUCCCUUGGCCAGUAGCCCAAUCACCACAAGAUGGCAGCAGAGUCCAAUCCAGGAGGCCACCGAAGGCUCUCUGGGGGAGGAGAGUUCCACCCUGGGCCUAGAAGAAUCUGCUGGGUCAGAGCUGAGGGUAAUGUCUGAAAAGGACACCCUGACUCCAGGAUCCUAUGAGGAGACCAUGAAGACACCCAUCAAAGGAAGUUCAGAAACAAGUAACUCUGCUCUCCAUUUUUGCAAGGAACCUCAUGACCUGGACAGAGAUGGGAAAGAAGAUGUUAACUCUAAAGGCCACAAAUGUCUAAACCAGCUAUAUCAACAAAUGAGUGGGAAAAUGCAGCUCUGUGAGAAGUCCCAAUGUGUUUGGAAAGGCUGCAGAGAUGGAAUCAGAGAUGAAUCCUUCCAUCUUAAAAGAAGCAGCAAUAUAAACUAUCCCAUAUACCAACCAGAGGUGAAGAUUCAUCUUACUGGUCUUCGAAAUGACUACUAUCUGAAUAUUCUAGACUGGAAUUUACAAAAUCUUGUUGCUAUUGCCCUUGGAUCUGCAGUCUACAUAUGGAAUGGAGAAAAUCAUACUGUGCUUGAACACAUUGACUUAAGUCUCACUUGUAAUUAUGUAUCUUCUGUGUCCUGGAUAAAAGAGGGGACAUGCCUGGCAGUUGGCACCAGCGAGGGCGAAGUACAAUUAUGGGACAUAGUGACUAAAAAGCGGCUGAGAAGUAUGCACGGCCAUUUGUCAGUAGUUGGGGCUCUGAGUUGGAAUCAUUUCACUCUCAGCAGUGGGUCAAGACUGGGACGCGUUCAUCAUCACGACGUUCGGGUAGCACAGCACCACGUUGGAACGCUCCGCCACGGGCAUGCUGUCUGUGCUCUGAAAUGGUCGCCCGAUGGCAGGCUGCUGGCCAGCGGCUGCAGUGAAGGCCUGCUGACAGUAUGGCCACACCCUCUAGGGGCGGGGGCCCAGAGCCGGCCUCUCAUAGUCAUACCUCUACCCACAGCAGUUAAGGCAAUGGACUGGUGUCCCUGGCAGUCUGAGGUCCUUGCUAUUGGAGGAGGAAUGAAGGACGGAUGUCUACACAUUUUGAAUAUAAAGACUGGGACAAGCAUCAAGACCCCAAGCACAAACUCACAGAUCUGUUCCCUCAUCUGGCUACCUGAGACAAAGGCGAUUGUAACAGGCCAUGGUUCUCCUAGCAAUGAUGUGGCUCUGUGGGCCUGUCCCACUCUGUCCAGGUCAGCAGGGUUUUUUGGCCACAGAGGCAGAGUGCUGCACCUGGCUCUCAGUCCUGAUCAGACCCGUGUGUUUUCUGCUGCUGUGGAUGGAACAGCCUAUGUGUGGAAGUGUGACCAGUCACACAGCUCUUUCUAG